AUGUUUGGCUUCUUUGAGCCCAAGUUCAAUCCUGCCAAAGACAUUCCGGACCUCUCCGGCAAAGUCAUUCUCGUCACCGGUGGUAACAUUGGCCUCGGUCUCUCGUCCGUCCUUGAGCUGGCCAGGCACAACCCAAAGCAUAUAUUCCUCGCAGCACGCAAUGAGGAGAAGGCCCGCAAGGCGAUUGAGAGCGUCUCAUGGGAGCUGGGCACCGAAAAGGCGUCGGUGGUAUCGUUCUUGCCACUCGACCUGAGCUCUUUCGACAGCAUUCGCAAGGCGGCCGAUACGGUCAAAUCGGAGACGGACGAGCUUCACAUCCUGCUCAACAACGCCGGCAUCAUGAUGACGCCCGCCACCACAACAAAGGAGGGCUACGAAGAGCAAUUCGGAACCAACCACAUGGGCCACGCGCUGCUCACCCGCCUGCUGCUUCCGCUGCUGGAGAAGACGGCCGAUGGCGGCAAGGUCGACGUGCGUAUCGUCAAUCUUUCGUCGGCCGGCGAGGGCCUGGCGCCCAGCGAUGCCUUUGAUGAUUUGUCAAAGUACAAAUCUCCAAUGGAGGACGUGGCUUCGCACACGCGUUAUGGAGCGUCCAAAUUGGCCAACAUCUAUCACGCCCAAGUGCUUGCGCGUAAAUACCCCAGCAUCAAGGCCGUAUCUGUACACCCGGGUGUUGUCAACACCAACCUGACACGGGGUCUCAAGGAAACCUACCCAUGGAUCGUGCCGUAUGUUGCGCCGAUUGUCGGCGCCCUGUUGUUCAAAACUCCUGAUGAGGGAGCCAAAAACCAGCUGUGGGCAUGCACAAACGACAAGGUUGUAAGUGGCGAGUUCUAUUGGCCUGUCGGCCUUCUGGGCAAAGGCUCAGCAAAGACAAAGGAUACCAAGGCGGCCGAGAAACUAUGGGAGUGGACCGAAAAGGAGCUGGAUGCAUAUUUGAAGCAGUGA